AUGUUGCUCUCUCAAGAAGUCAAGAUUAUUUUGCUGCUUACUUUUUUGACUGGAUCAUUUUGUUUUGGAGGCUCUUUCAAUCAUGACGAAAGUAGGUACACCAAGUUAAAUGUUGUCUUUGUUUUUAGAGUACUAAAAAACAGUCUAGAAUAUGUUCUUUUAAACUCCAAAGAUCCAUAGCCGAGGUGGCCUUGUUCAAAUUUCUUUGCGUCAAACGGAAGUUUAACCAAAAACAGUCUCCCCGAUAGCUAAAAACCGCAGUUCAAUAACGUACUCUUCCAUAUACGCAAUAAAGAACAAUAGAAGCGCCAAAUGGCCGAGAGGUAUAGUCCUAUAAGCAGCAAAACAAGGGCGGAGUAUUUCUAACAAAUUUCUCUCGAUAAAGGCUUUCCUCCGUAAAACAUUUUCUGAGUAUCGUCAUCCUGGUAAGGUGUUAUUAAUGUUAUUAUUCUUUAAAUACUUCAGCUCAAAAUGUCAAGAGAAAGAAGAGAAACGUGGUGUUUCAAUUUAGAAAAAUGAUAAGCUGUGCCACAGGCCGCAGCUUUUGGGCGUACCUGCCAUACGGCUGUUAUUGUGGUUUGGGAGGAAGUGGUAUCGCUGUGGACGAUACAGACAGGUACAGAGCGUCGAGAUGUCAGAGCAGGGGAUAUGGGGUGAGCAGUGGAGGUCAGGGUAUCGAACAGGGAGGUUUACACUUUCCAGUAAUCGCCUGCUCUUCCCUCAUACCUGUUCCUCACCCCUAUUCCAUCACAUUCUACCCGGCCCUUCCAUUGAUAAUAAUAUGACAAAUUUGCCGAUUUAAAGUAACCUAGAGGUAAAUUCAAGGGUUUCAUUUUUAGCUGGGUGAGGAGCCAUGUCUGGUAAAGGGAUCUUUCCUCUCGUCAAACAAGUAAAUCAUAAAUUUUGUCUUCAAAAUCGGUGAAAGAUCGAAGGAUUUGCGCACGGAGCAGCUUAGUAAAAACUUGAUAGCAGACGGGUAUAGGUGCGAGUUUAAGCAAUGUCGUGGUUAUCGUUCAAGUUCAAGGUUUAUUCUCUCAAGGCUGAUUUAAAGUUACCGGGUAAAUACAACAAGUAGGCGGGGAAUCAAACAGCUGGGGAUUUCUUUUGGUUCUAUUUUUUUUUUUUUCUGUAGCUGGGGGCCACGUUCUUAGUAGCUGGUAGCCUCCCCGCAGACGUCCUUUGGGGUUCGUUUGUCACGCAUUCACGUACGGUCCGUGGGGAGAAAUGAAUGCGUGACAAACGAACCCCAAAGGACGUCUGCGGGGAGGCUAAGUAGCUGGGGGAAAUCCCCUACCCCGCCUCUUAAUGACAAGCCUGUCUCUUUAAUAAAAAUAGCAACGCCUUUUUCUAUAAUCCCCUUGAGGUUACAGUCUAGUCACGUCUUGACUUCAACGUGCCAAAAUCGGAUUAAUUGCUGUUACAUGUAGGAAACAUUUCUAGGGUUUAUAGGAUUAUUUUUAUAGACCAAAUUUUAAGUUUUUAAUCUGAUUGUACCUAGUUUGCUUGCAAAUCUUAUUAUUCCUAUGUUUUAGAUGCUGCAAAACUCAUGAUGACUGUUAUGAACAAAUAAACAGAGAAGGAAUCUGUUUCUUUAGUCCCUUAUGGAAGUGGUAUCGACGAUCUGGGUGCACUGGCUGUGGUAAGCUUUGGCUGUAG